AUGCAAACCCUUACGGGGAGAAGUCGAAAAGAAAGACAGCCCAUGGACGAGUCAGAGUUGAAGGAGAGUGCUGAGCUGCUCCAGAUCCUCGCCGAGCUUGAGAAUAGACUACAGGAUUCUCAGCAGAACCUCAAACAUCAUUGGGAUUUCCGAGGUCAUCCUUCGUCACCUGGAAAACCUCUGUCGAGCGAUGGGGGCAAAAGCAAAUCCUCAAAUGUGGGCGACCACCCUAAAUCUCAAACGGAAGAAGCAGACGGGUCACCAUCUCGCCCACCAGCAAAUAGAUUAUCUGGUGCUGGCAUAGUGUCAGUAGUAUUUAGGGAUGUAUGA